AUGUGUGGUGAGCCGCCAAGCUCGGCCUCUCGGGCCAAUAACCGGCUCAGGAUGACGUUCACAGCAUGGUGCAAUUCCCACCUUCGGAAAGCCGGCACGCAGAUCGAGAACAUCGACGAAGACUUCCGGGAUGGUCUCAAACUAAUGUUGUUGUUGGAGGUCAUUUCAGGUGAGGCUCCGAAUGGCCGAUGUGUUGUGAGGCCACAGAAGACUUCUCGGUAUUGUUGGUCUGUGCGUGUCGAUGUGCUUGAGAGAAUCAGUCAGAGUUCUGGCUUCAUGCCACCUGUGCUGGGAACCCGUCGGCCCGAUUUUUAUGGAAUAGUAAACUUGCACAGGUACGAUUACGAGCAAUUCAGCCUCUACGCAGACCCUUUGCUCAAUCUCUUCCCACUCUCUCUUUCUCCAGAAAUUGUCGAUGGCAACGCCAAGAUGACCUUGGGGAUGAUCUGGACCAUCAUCCUCCGGUUUGCCAUCCAGGAUAUUUCAGUGGAAGAGACUUCAGCCAAAGAAGGACUCUUAUUGUGGUGCCAAAGGAAAACCGCCCCUUAUAAGAACGUCAACGUGCAAAAUUUCCACAUCAGUUGGAAAGACGGUCUUGCUUUUAACGCCUUGAUCCACAGACACCGACCAGAACUCAUUGAAUACGACAAGCUUAGAAAGGACGAUCCGGUCACGAAUCUGAACAACGCUUUUGAGGUCGCCGAGAAGUACCUUGACAUUCCCAAGAUGUUAGACGCAGAAGGUAAGCCAGAGGACGAUGCCUUGAAAUACCUUGGGGGUCCCAUUUUGUCCCCCAAGCCUACAAAUCCACAAGGCAGAUGUCACAACGGUGUUUCAAUGGAGCCAGCUGCGUGAACUUGCCGCUGGAGAGCAGAAGCAUUAGACUUCCAUACCGCUUCAUGGAGCUUCACAGGGCAGUUUACAGAAUUAGCCUACAGGUAGCCCUCGACUUAACGACCACAGUUGAGCCCAAAACUUUUUUUAUUAAGUGAGGCAUUUGUUAAAGAGAGUUUUGCCCCAUUUUACAACCUUUCUUGCCACCGUUUUUAAGUGAAUCACGUGGUCGUUAAGUCAGGGUUUCCUCUCCCAUUGACUGCUUGUGAAGGUGGCUAGGACGGUCAUAUGAUCCCAUUAUAAAUACAGGCUGGUUGGUAAAUGCCUGAAUUUUGAUCAUGUGACGGAAAUGCUGCGACGGUCGUAAAUGUUCUGAUGAGGCUUCCCAAGGGCAUGAAGCAAAAAAAAACAACCCUUUGAUUGACUGUGAAUUUUUCUCAUUCACAUCCAACAAAGUAUUUCA